GUCAUUCAAGUCAAACAGGUAAUUUUCGGUAUUAAUUUAGCCGUAAAAUUUAAUUUUCCGUGAUUUUACGUGGAUAAUUUUGGAUUAAUUAACCAAAUUAUUAAUUUAAAUCUAAAAAUCUACUCAUCUAAAUUAUUCUACUACAAAGUGAAUACCAUUCUGACAUUUAAAUUGUCUCGACAAGAAGUGAUUUCUCAGUCAACAAUUUGAGGUGUUCCCCGAGUAAAUUAACAAGGUACACGACGCACGUCUCUGCCAAACGCUCUCCUCUUGGACGGUGGCGCGAACACUUCGAUACAUAAACCCUUGGAAGAGGAGCUAUGCUGACGGGGGAACAACGAAUACGUCUCCGAUGUUGCUAAGCAAAUUUAUAUGGUGGACAGCGGUGGCGGUGGCUUGGCCGAAGUAAUGGUGUACUCUCUUGGCUGGGGCAUGGGCGAGCCGGAGCGGCGCGGCGCCGACCGCAAGCGAGCCCAGCCGCCCCCAGUAGCGCACUCGCCGCUGUCGCCCGACGACGGGCAUGAGGUCGACGUAUUGCCUCUCCACAAUCAGGUGGGCGGGCACACGCGAUUGCUGGUGCUAAACGACAGCACCGUCAUCAAACCGCUCAACAUACGCGAGUUGCAUUUCUAUCAGAACAUUCCCGAGGACAUCCAGAACUUUGUGCCCCGAUACAAAGGCGUGAUGCAGGCUUCUAACACGGGAAGCACCAAAUUGGACAAGCGGUACUCGCCAUGUUUCCGCGACGAGAACGGCCGCAAGCAGUCGCUGGGCGGCAAGCGCAAGCGCGACGACGUGUUCAAAUUUAAAGUUCACCGCAAUGGCAAUGCAAGCGAAGUGCUUAAGAGCAUUGCACACAUGGACAAUUCAAAUAAGCAGUAUUUCCUGAUGAUGGAGAACAUAACGUCGUCGUACCGGCGGCCGUGCGUGCUAGAUCUGAAGAUGGGCACGCGGCAGCACGGCGACGAUGCGUCUGCCGAGAAGCGCACCAAGCAGAUCGCCAAAUGCGCUGCCAGCACCUCGGCCACGCUGGGCGUCAGGCUCUGUGGCAUGCAGGUGUUCGUGCCUGAGACGGGCGCGUGCGUGCGCCGCGACAAGUACUGGGGCCGCGCAUUAUCGGAGGCGGGGCUUCGCGAGGCGCUGCGAGACUUCUUCGCGGGCGGCGCGGGGAUACGCGCGCGGGUCGUGCGCCGCGUGCUGCGCGACUUGGAUGCACUGCGGCGUGCCAUCGCCAAGCAAACCAGCUACAGGUUCUACUCCUGCUCGCUGCUGAUUGUGUACGAGGGCGACCUGCGGCCAGCGGAGGCGCCCGGUGCGGAGUACGAUGCGGACGCGUCAAGUAGUUCCGCGGAGCUGCCGGCGCCGGGACACUUUGAUAUGUCCACGCUGCACGACGAGAUCUCGACUGACGCGCCCGCGCGCGAGCCCUUCCGCCCGCACUCUGAGGAGACCAUGGGAGGAUAUGAGGAGGGAGAGGGCGAGGUGGCCGGUCACUCGCCGCGCCGGCAGCCGCCCAGCCCGGACUCGACGGACAGCUGGAUGGCGUACUCGUCCACGAGCAGCGAGUCGUGGCGCGGCGAGGCGGAGGCGGAGGCGGAGGCGGCGGCGGAGGCGGAGGCGGAGCGCAAGCGCGCGCGCACGUGGCCCGCGCCGCCGCCCGAGGCGCGCGUGGACAUCCGCAUGAUCGACUUCGCGCACACCGCCUACGCCGGCGCCGCCGCCGAGUCGCCGCUGGCCACCGCCACGCCGCACCACGGGCCCGACUGCGGCUUCCUCACCGGCGUCGACAGCCUCAAGCGCCUGCUCACCGAGAUCCUCCCGCCGCAGCCCUACAGCUAAUGAGCCGGGCGGGCCGCACUAGAAAAAACUAAAAACCAACCUUUCGGACGAAUUCUGAGGGGCUCCGACGCCGACCCCGCGCCGGCGCGCCCGCCGAGACGACCUCGAGGGGCGCCUGAGUCGGAACCGUUCUCUUCGGAAAUUUUAAACUGUUCGACUGAUGUAUGUAAUUUUAUCGGGAAACUGUCGCCGCGCGUUCGCACAGGGCGGACGUCCGCAGGUGUUCCGUUCGCUUUGCGCUCGCCGUCGAGGCUCCCCCUGUGGGACCGUCCGGCGACCGUUGCACCAAGUGAAUGUUGGCGGUACAAAAUAUUUUAAUUUUACGUUUAACAUAUUAUACUUUCAAAGUGGGACCCAGUAGGUAUUCUUAUAUCUCGUAUUUUUAAGUAUUACUAUUAAGUUAUUCCAGAUUGACGUGCUUUUGAUUUGUCCGAGUCGCUUUACUUUGUCUAUGAGUUGGUUCUGUAAAUUAUUUUACCUAAUUAUUGCAUAGACAUUCCCUGUCGGUUUAUUGAAUUCUUUUAUACCUAUGAUUGGAAUACACAAAGAUUGUAGAUUUUGCGAUUAACCCUUUUCGGUUUGCAUUUAGUUUCACACGUUUGUUAAAAUGAAUUAACAUUGACCCGCACACUCGCCGUCGUCAUUGAUAACAUUAUCGUGUUCGAUCACAAAGGUACUAAUUGUUCCCAGUCAAUGAAGCCAAAGUAAUACUUACUAGAAAUAAUUCAAAGAACAACUGUUAGGAGUCUAGUGCUCUUGAAGUAGAUUUGAAGUACUAGACUUAAACAUAUUUAUCUGACAUCCAAACCGUUGUUUGUGAGCCAUUAUUGUAAUUUAAGUAGUAACUGCUUUUCCAGAAUGUAACUAACAAAGACAAAUUUAGUAUAUUUUGCGGAAUGAGUGUGCCAAACAUUGUUUUGUACCUAAAAUAGCACACCUCACACGCAUGUGACAACAGUUAUAAUUUCGCAAACAGUAUUAUGGAAAUUGUAAGUGAGAAUGAGCGUUUGUUUGUGUAAAUAUAUUUGUAAUGGAGUGUCAGUAUGCAGUCUGGUGUUGAUGGGAAGUGAAGCGGUUGUAAAUAUUCUCGUUUCGUACGAGAGAUGUUCCAUAAAGGUGGUUGCACACAGCUGCGAUAACUAGAUCGUUGCGGCCGCCAACCUUCUGUAUGUUGCGUGCUCGUUCGAAUAUUAUGUGUGGACUGAGAUCGCAACUGUGUGCAGGGGCCUUUAGCGAGUCUGAGCGGGCGGGCGGUCCGCAGCGAUUGACCAUAGUGUUAGCCAACAUUCCUUCGUGCUGCAUUCGUCAUUGUUUGUCCUUUACUUUAUUUUUAUUAGAGUGAUAAAUUUAUGAAAAGUACCUGGUUUAAUUAGGAUGCUAGGUUGUAUUGCAAAUUAUCAUUUAUGUCUGUUAUUUUAAAUAACUGUAUGACACUAUUUUGUUAAAUAAAUUUUAGGUAUUAAA